AUGGAAACAUGGGAUUCAAAAGCAACUGCAGAAACGACUGCUGAGCAAUCACAACAUGGACUGGCUCCAGGCCAAAAUACUAAUACCCAUCGAGCAUGUCACUCCUGCCAUGUUUCCAAAGUGAAAUGCAACCAGCAGACCCCUGGUAUGCCGUGCUUGAGAUGUCAAAGGGCCUGCAAACCAUGUUUUCCUGCGGAGAAACCGCAGAAGAACCAUCAACAGUUGAACAAUCGCAUUCUAGAGAUACAGUCUAAGAUCGAUAAGAUGAUCUCAUCUGCUGUAAAACAAGAGGCCACUGAUAACCGAGCUCGCCCUAGCACGGAGUCCUUGCCACCGUGGCCUACUGAUUUGGCUCCUAUGUCGCAUGUUCCUGGACAACCUAGCUGGGGUCCAUCUGUGGGGACUGCCCUGCCAAUACCAUCCAGUGUGAGUUCCGGAGCUGUGGAUCUUAAAACCAGCAUACAGUCGCUACUGGCCAAAAGUAUCACCCCGUAUCUUGACCAUGCCACCACCGAGAUUAUCUUCAACCGUUAUAUUACAAACAUGGCUUCCGCCUUUCCAGCCGUAGUCUUCCCACCAGGCACAACGGCAGCCGAUGUACGGAAGGAUAACCCCAUUCUCCUCUUAGCAAUUCUUGACGUAGCAUCGUCUGGGUUCUGUGAGCUGGAGAUUCAGAGAAGACUCCGGAAGCUGAUCGUGCAGACAUACGUUCAUUGUAUGCUGCGCAGCGACCAAUACACCCUCGGCUUAUUGCAAGCGUUGAUCGUUUCCGCCACAUGGUACCGGUCAAUUGAGCCUUUAGAGCCGGGAGAGCAGAUGGAUAUUUACCAGAUUGGUCAUACUGCUGCCAACAUGGCUUUAAUCAUGGGACUAGGCGACAGAUUGAAUAAUACGAACAGGGAAUCCUCAGCUUUGCCCGGGGAGGGGCAGGCCGACCGACACCAGAGUGCCCAGGCAGAGCUUCUUGGGGCUCGGAGAGUCUGGUUGGGUUGUCAUUACAUUUGUUCCAAUACCUCUAUGUCUCUACGGGCGCCGAACGUCAUGAGAUGGACCCACUGUAUGGAUAAAUGUUUAGAAGUUCUGGAAACCUCUCCUGAUGCUUUCCCAUCCGACAGGAUUCUGUGUCAGCACAUUCGCCUACAGCGUAUAACCGAAGAAGCUGCAAUGCAACUGUCACUUAAAGGCGCUUCUGCUUCUCUGUCGUCACGGGCAAUGCAUAUCCAAGCAUCGUAUCAUUUGUCUAAGCGACAACUCUGUGACUGGAGAAACAGCAUACGUGGAGACGGUCUCGAUGGUAAGCACUCUUCCCUUCUUCAAAUAGAUACUUGGAUCCGGCAAAUAGCCAACUUUGACUACACAGGUGCUCUACAACUCUCCUAUAACUUCUCAUCCUUGUAUAUAAACGAAGUUGCCUUCUGUGCAGCGUCUGAAAACGCCACCUCCGACGCCAAAACAUCAUCAGAGAAUCAGACAUCACCCACCAUCACCAUCCCAGCAGACACAUUCAGCGAAUGUGUCGAAACAAUAGAUCACAUAUUCCAAGUUUUUACCUCCUUAGACAUGUCUGCGAUUCGAGUUCUACCAGCGAUGCAUCUGAUCCGGAUGAUCUACACCGCGCUCAUCCUAGUCAAGCUUCAUUUUGCAGCCAUCACAUCGUCUAACGAAGAUGCUCAACUACAAAUAGACCGACUUCAAGUCUCCAACCGUUUACAUUGCAUCAUACAAAUGUUCGCAGGGUGGGGACCACUAUGGCCUGCUACCAAGUUGACGACAGUCUUCCGUAGGAUUCAAUCCUGGUUUGAAGAUGACGAUAUGAUGAAGCGGGAUAGCUCAUGGCUGAAUGUGUGGAGACUUGGUCCGGUGUGUCAGCAUCCAGAGAAUGCUCAAUCGAGUAUUGACCUGGUUGGGUCUACUGGUGGGUCAUUGCUAUCUUCUGACUCACAAGAUCCGUCCUGGAUGAUGUCUGUGGAGUCUACUAUUAUGGAUACUGUUCCUUUGUCGUUCAAUUCUCCGCUGGAGUUCAGUAGUAGUGGGUUUACUCCUACAUCCAGUGAUCAACCCAUCGAUUACUCGCUACUUCCCAGGCAGACAUCAGCGUCUGUACCUGGCGUCUCGGUUGGUGAUGAUCUCGGCAUGAAAUCGAACAUGAUAGAUACAAGGGACAUCGAUGCUCCCCUCGACAUGGACCUUGAGUUGAACCAACUCACGAACAUGCACUUCGACUCAAACAAUUUACAGCUACCAUUAUCCCAUGACUCAGAUGCCGCUUUCUACGAUUCCAGGGCGGAAGAUACACAGAGAAACGACUAA